AUGUCUUCGUCCAAGUCCGACAACGUUUCGGCCUCGAGUUUCAUAGCGACACCUGCGCCUACAGUCCUGACUCCGGAGUCUCGUAGCGACGAGUCACCUGUGGCCGCGACUCGCAGCUCCCGUGAACUCGACGGCGAUGCGGCUGAGCUGCGCAGACUGCACCAUCAUCUGCCUGGUCAUGGACAAGAUAACGAGGCUGAGCCCUCCGAAAGCGAGGACGAUGUUGACAAGUACAGACAUGUGCGGCGCCUGAAAAGAGCUGGAACCGAGUCCAAGGAAUACACAGACGAAGAAGAAAACGCCGUUGUGCGCAAGCUUGACCGCAAGCUCGUCCUCUUUCUGGCCUUUCUCUACCUGUUGAGUUUCCUGGACCGUUCCAAUAUUGGCAAUGCCCGAAUUGCAGGACUGGAGCAAGAUCUCAGUCUGUCUUCAGCAAAGUAUGACUGGCUCCUCACCGCCUUCUAUAUCACGUAUAUCGCUUUCGAGUGGAUGAUUUUGCUGUAUCGACUUAUCCCGGCGCAUGCCUACAUCUCAAUAUGCGUCCUGUCUUGGGGUGUGGUGGCCAGUCUGCAGAGCUUGGCCACUUCUUUCCCACAGCUGCUCAUCCUGCGUGCCUUUUUGGGCAUUACUGAAGCGGCAUUCGGUCCCGGCGUACCGUUUUACAUGACGCUCUUCUACAAGCGGUCAGAACUGGCGUACCGGGUUGGACUCCAGAUCUCGGCUGCACCACUAGCAACCAGUUUUGCCAGCUCACUAGCGUGGGUCAUUGUGAAACUGAGUCAGAAUGGUCCUAUCGCACCAUGGAGGGUACUGUUCCUGGUUGAAGGGUUCCCGUCCGUCUUGACUGCUGUGGCGGCCUGGUAUUACAUCCCAGACUCCCCAGCGAAGGCUCGUUAUUUGACGCCAAGAGAACGAAAAGUUGCCGUCAUGAGACUUCAAUCUGAACAGCAUCAUUCACAUGCCUUUGAAGACUCGGCAUCUCACGGCAUCAACGUCAAGGACGUCUUGGCUACCGUGCGCGAUCCCAAGUCUUACCUGACAGCCUUAAUGUUCCUCAGCGUCAACGUAUCUUUCAGCUCCCUGCCAGUCUUUCUUCCGACCAUCAUAAACAGCAUGUCGUUCUCACCGCUUGCUUCCCAAGCUCUUGCCGCUCCGCCGUACCUUUUCGCUUUCUUCUUCGUCCUCGCUGUUGGUCGUUACAGCGACAAGAUUCCGGACUCACGAUCUUUGUUUCUGAUGGGCGCGGCAUUGCUCAGUGCCGUUUCCUAUGCCGGGAUUGCGCUUGCCGGAUUGCUGCACGAGUCGAUUGGUGAGGCAGGGAGUAUCACGAUCCGCUAUGUUGCAGUUUAUGGUGCUGCAAUGGGUUUGUUCGCUUCAGUCACGCUGAUUAUCACAUGGACUUUGAACAACCAAGCGUCUUCAACGAGUAAAGGUACGGGACUCACUAUCCUGAAUAUUGUCGGACAGUGUGGUCCUCUGAUUGGCGUGCAUGUGUUCCCGAAGAGUCAAGGUCCGUUUUAUGUGCAAGGCAUGGCGGUUUGUGCUGGAUUCAUGGCGAUAGGUGUUGCCGGAUUAGCCGGCGUACUAAGACUGGUGCUGCACCGGGCUAAUAAGCGCAAUGGACUAAGUCAUCCAGCAACAGGGGGUGAGUACGAGCUGGUUGGCAUGGUUGCAGGCGACACCGAAGACGAUCAGAGGCUUGUAGGAUCGGAAGACGUCGAGGAGACUUUGAUCGGCGGCGCUAGGAAGGUCAACACCAAGAAUGCCGGGUUCAGAUAUAUGCUCUGA